AUGGCAAGGACGUCGCCCAACAUCAUCAUCACGGGGACGCCGGGCGUGGGCAAGACGACGCACUGCGAGGUGCUGGCGGGGAAGACGGGGCUGCGGCACCUGUCGGUCAACCAGGUGGUCAAGGAGCGCGAGUGCCACGAGGGCUGGGACGACGAGUACCAGAGCUGGAUCGUCGACGAGGACAAGCUGCUGGAUGCGAUAGAGGACGAGGUCAAGGCCGGCGGGUGCAUCAUUGACUGGCAUGCGUGCGACCUGUUUCCCAAGAGCUGGAUUGAUCUGGUUGUUGUGCUGAGGGUGGACUCGACGACGCUGUUUGAUCGGCUUACGGAGAGGAAAUACCCCGAGGUCAAGCUGCAGGAGAACCUGGACUCUGAGAUCAUGGAGGUGCUGCUGCAGGAGGCGCGGGACUCGUACGACGAGGAGAUAGUCGUGGAGCUGAGCAGCAACACGAGCGAGGAGAUGGAGGCCAACGUCGAGCGCAUCGAGCAGUGGCUAAGACAGUGGAAGGAGGACAACAAGCCCGAGACUUGA